AUGGACUUGGCCGAGAAACGUCGCCAGCUGGAGGAGAUUCGUGCCGCGCGUGAGGCAAAGCAGCGCUCGGUGCAACAGCAGUUUCAACAGGGCACAGCUGGUACAUUAUUUCCCUCUGCAAGCAGUAGCAAUAACCCGAAACCCCUGUCGCCGACGUUGUCUUUGCCUGUAGGCACAGAUGCAUUGAGGAGCUCCAGCUCCACCGCUUCUUCGGUUAAUGUACGGGAGGAGCGGCGGGCAUGCGAAGUAAGAAUUCCGACGACACGGUUAUCACCGGUUCCAGCAAGGUUCCCGCGGCAGUCUCCCGAGCAUUCGUCAGUGGGCAAGAGUGGUGCGGGUGACAAUGUGAGAAAGACCCAAGGAGUAACAGGAGGCGGAAGAAAGGGAAGUGGCACGUGGAAUGUAGAAGCAGGCGUAGGGGCUAUUGCGUUGGAGCCCACAGAAUAUGAUGCUGCAGUUGUUGGUGCUCCGUCACUUGGCGCAACGACGACAUAUGUGACGGAAAAGGCGUUGGAGGAGGAAUCGGAGGGGCGGCGCCGUGCUGUGUCUCCGCCCGACACCGCGAUGCUGCUGGCCCACUCACUGCGUGCGGAGACACUCUUCAACUGGAAGGGCCGUAGCGUGCUGGAUGUAACGAUGCUUGGCUCCCAUGCGUUGGAUAGCGGCGUCCACGACGCGGACGACUGCCUGCUUGUGGCGGCUGCUUUAUCGGAGGAUGGCCACGCGGAGGAGAACACUGAUGGCGCGACUCGGUCUUCGGCGGUGCGUGUUGGCGAGACGCUGCUGCCGUCUCGAGCGCAGGGGCUCGUACUACUGUGCUGCGUUGGACGGGGGCGUGCAGACGACAGCUGCUAUAGUGUUGUGCCGUUGUACUUUGACAGCGAGAUACGUGUUUUAACGUACACGCGCUACAGUCCGCAUUUGCUGUUCGGCGGCGCCGCCAACGGCUGUGUUGUCGCGUGGCGCAUUGACCACGCGCUACAGGAGCGUCGCGGCACAAGCGUGCGACGUGUCGUGCAGCAACCAGUGUCUUUUUCACUGCCGUCGUUGAUGGCACCCACGGUGUGCAGUGCUGCUGCUGCUGCGGCGGCGGCGUCAGUGGCGCCGAGCGAUCAGUCCUUUCCGUCGCCGCACGCGCACCACUCGCGGGUGCUCGGCAUGGCGGUGCAUGGCGACGCAAACUACCACCACCUGUACUCCGUCAGCCAGGACGGCCGCGUGUGCAUGUGGGCGCCGCUGCAGCUUCGGCUACCCUCGUCGAGCCGUGACGGGGUUACUUCAGGGCAGCCGCUUGGCUGCGUCGGUUCGUGUGCGGCGUUUGUCGAUAAGGCGGCAGAUGCGAUGAGCAAAGUUGUAUUUGGCUGCCUCGACGGUCACGUGCUGGAGGGGCGCACGAAAAGCUCCCGUACGGUCGAGAUGCGGCCCAUCACCACAUCGACAUCGUCGCUGUCGACGCCACCGCCGAGUCCGAGGUUAACAUCAACAGGAGUAGCUGGCGCGAGUGAGGCACCUUCGAUGCUGCUGCACCGCUCGCGGACCACAACGGCGGUGGCUGGAGGCGGUACCGCAGCUGCUGCGCAUCACAGUGCUGUCGUCGCAGUGGCUCCGCAUCCACUUCACGCCGACCCACGUAUCAGCGAUAUGGUGCUGACGGCCGCCACAGACGGCAGCUGCAGCCUCUGGCUUGGCGCGCGGCACAUCGCCAUUGACGGAUUUGGGGCACAGGUGAACUGCCUGCGGUGGUCGCCGACACACCCAGCGGUGUUUGUCGCCGGCGAAAACAAUGGCCGCGUCGCUGCGUGGGAUUUGACGCAGAGCUCUUACUCACCGGUGGUGUUUGUGUACCUGCGCUCGAUGCGCGCGGCGAGUGGGUGGGCGCGCUCCUCAUCGGCGGGAACUGCGGCCGCUGCCCCACCGCACCGCAGUGCGGCGGUCACGAGUCUCUCCUUCUCAGAGGAUGGCGUGUGGUUAGCGUGCGGCACUGCCGCUGGCGACGUGCACCUGCUGCAGAUGCGUGCCGACCUUGUCACGGAGGCGAAAGACGCAGGUCAGCGAUCGGAGAAGGCAGAUGAUGAGGGAUGCGCCACCUCUGCUGCUGCUGCUGCUUUUGUUUCUUCCGGUAACUAUAACACCGCAUCGUGGAUCGAUGCGCGCUUUGUGUGUUAG